UUUGAGGGGCCUAUUCUCUUUGUGGUGUGUCCUGUGCCUAGGAAGCCCUGGUACCAACUCUGUGGCUAUUCCUGGGGACUCUGUUCUUCCUAGAAAUGGUGGACCGUGGAUCCCGGUCCCAAGGUUCUGCCUCCCAUCGGCGACAGAAGUUGGAACAUAAGGCUGCUGGCUCGUCUGCAGUCCCACCUGCUUGGAAUACGACUAGACCCAAGAAAGCGGGGUCCCGAGGGGCGAAAGAGCCAGGCCACGGGGAUGUGCGUGCCCAGGAGUUUCCUGGGGGCUUCCAAGGCAUGCGGUUCCAGUAUGAGCGCCCGGAUGUAGAUUUGAUGGCAGAGAUUGGCCUGGAAGAGCUCAAUGGGCUGGAGAUGGAAGUCAUGAGAAGGCAGCUGCGUGUCAUCACCGAACGUCUGCAAGACCUGGAGGAACAGGCCUCCACCUGGCACUACCGGGAAACUCUGUUCUUCACCAUCAUGGUGUCAGGUUGCAUGGCCAACCUGUGGCUGUGGAUGCGCCGUUAACCCUUCACGCUGAUGAGCACUGCUGAGCCUUUGCCUCUGUCCCCUGCUCUCCUUCUGUAGCUUGCCAGCCCUUGCCCACCCUCCUGCCACCCCCAGCAGCCCCAGGCAGUGUCAGGGCCACUUUUCAACUCUGGCUAGGCCCCCUGCCUGGGGGAGUCACAGCCUGGGAGCAGAGGAGGUUGGCUUCCAGAAGAUCCAAGG